ACCAAAGUAUUCCUCCCUCAACUUUCCUCUGAAGUCUUCUUCAUUGCAUAGAACUUCGGUGUUAUAUCGCCAAAAGGGUGAAUUAGAGACCCCAGAAAGUUAUCUACAUAUCCAUAUAACCCCUUUUUACUUUACCAUUCAAGGAAUUCAACUUUCAGCUCGCGGCGCCUUUCUCGUUGCCCUGUUCCUGCGACCGAUAGACCUUCUUAUCCUCGAUCGAUUGGUACGAAAAGUUUGUCUGUAUUGGUUGACUUUUAUACUCCCUUACGUCGUAAAACAAUCGGUGCCGCAAAUAAAAAAUCUAUACCAGUUAUUCAAACCAUUAAGAGAUCACUGGAAAAACAAGUUGGAUUCACAAGCGUCGCGACAAGUGUAGGAGUAGACGAUCGCAAUGACGUCUCAACAAGUCCUCUUCUCCGAGACCAUCACGGCAAUGAAGAAGGCUCGUAAGCGCAAGGCAUACGAAUCCGACUCUGACUCCGAAAUAUAUUACCAUGGCAAUCGCGGGCACAAAUUGAUGAAGAGGGCUAGGUUCGUCCAUGAAGGACAGCUAGCACCACCUUCAGGACCGGAGGUAUACAAAGAGAUUGUCAAUCACGCCGGUUACCAAAGAGCCAUCAUAAGCCGAAAUCCCGUACUCCUUGACGAUGAUGGUUACGAACUCGAUAGCGACGAUGACCAAGACUACGUCCAAGAUGUUGCCCAUGCAGCAGCCGAAUUUAACCCAUACGCAAACGUGCGCUUAGAAAACAUUCUCGCGCCUCUUACCUCUGUUACCGACCUUCCUUCACAUCCCACCCUAUCACGACCGUACACUACAAAAACUCUCGCAGAUUUAGCGAAGCAGAGCUGCAAUAUCAUGCAGAAGGAAAAUGCGGCGCUUUGGAGAGUCAAACACCUCCAAACGAAGCUCGUCGGCGACCAUAUUUGGGCGCCUUGCGAUAUAAUGAUCGGUCCCAACGACAUAGAACUAUUUCGUGACGACUAUACGGAUUACAAUAGUCAAGGGCAAGGGUCUGUCAAGUCGGACGCCAAUAUACUAAUGCUAGAAGACGCACAAGCAAAGACUAGCAAAACUGUCGAUGCUGUAGUGAAAGAAGAGGGUUCUACAAACACUGAAGAGGCGACCACAACGAAUGGAGGAAAAUCCAAUAGUGUCGAUAUCCCGAUGAUCGAUAUAGAUCAACCAGCCAACGCAGAUGCAGGGUCAAUAAGACCAGGUGAAAACGUCGACGGAGAGGGACAAAAGCAAGACCACAAAUGCAAUGAGCAAGAUGGUACUCCCGACAAACCCGAAGGCAAGGACAAGAAAGUCGACACCACGGAAAGGCGACCGAGCAUAAAUGCUGACAUCAGUAAUGGAGACGUAGAGUCACAUACUAUAGAGGCAGCGAAGCUGUUAGUAGCAAAUAAGCUCUCCUCCAUCAGACAGAGCGAAAUCGACAGAAUAGCCCAAUCCGAUCAAGCCGACAGAGAAAUGGAGCAUGCGAAUAGUCGUGGGAUAUCCGUGAUGUCGGAAUCCACGGAUGAGCCCCCGAUCCAUCCUCUCUUUUUGCCCCCACGAUCAGCACAUCCUGACCGGGAUCUCGGAAUCCCGGAAGCUGAGGCGGAAGACAUGCGGCGACUGUUACAGCUGUAUGUACAAAAGCAGGAGGAAGUAUGUCGAGGGGCAAAGCGACUGUAUGAGGGACUACUCCGGGCGGACCGGAUGCGAAAGACAGUUUUGCAAUGGUCCAAGUACGAGGCACAUGUUGGACCGAACCGUGACAUGUCUGAUGGAGAGGAUUGGUAUGACAAAGAAGAAUGGGGUCUGGAAGACGAUCUAAAGAAAGGACAAGAUGAAGAGGAAGAGGAUACGACCCAGACAACGAAGAAGACGAGGACGCGUAGGUGAUGACGGUAAAGGUUAGCUAGGUUAGGACAUGCUAUGCCAGAAGGAAUUGUUUAAGGCGGACUUUGUUAGCUGUUAUCGAAUACCCAAGGAGAUAGUUGGCUUAGGUCCAAUUCUCGAAUCGAAUAUGAUAUGAAAUGGAGAUGCUUCCACAUUCUUCCUCCCUAUCUUGCUUGUGUUGGUCAAUCCAUCCACACCUAGGUUUUAUCCCUAUCAAACCUUGGAGAAACUGGAACUCCCCCAGAUCUACCCCGCUGGGAAACUGGGAGAUAUAGUGGCGUUAAGAUAAGAACAACUACGAUUUAUAGUAUAAUUCCUAUUUGUCUAAUGUCGGGGAAUAAAUAGAGCAGUUGGUUAGAUGAGGAGAAAAGUUGUGUGGUACAUGUACGUAGUAUGGAAGUGUAACAUGGAUAGAUGUAACUCGAAGAAAGUUUAGGUAAACCACAACUUCAACGUAAUAUACGCACGUGCGUCCCGAUCGGCA